AUGAAGUCUUUACUCCAAGACAUUUGGACCAACGAAGAACGGAUCGGUUGGGAUGACGUCGUACCAGAAACAUUGAGUCAACGUUUCUAUUGCUGGUACGACCAUCUGGAAAAUUUGGAAUCGCUGGCAGUGCCGAGAUGCUUCCGCCCCAAAUGUGGACGUUGGACCCAACAACACCUCCACGUCUUCACCGAUGCAAGCUCCAAAGGAUUCGGAGCAGUAGCUUACUUCCGCACUGUAUUUGAAGACCAUUCCGUCAACGUGUCAUUCGUCAUGUCGAAAACGCACGUCACACCGGUAAAAGGUCUCACGAUUCCCCGUUUGGAGUUACAGGCGGCAGUAGAAGGCCUCAACCUUGCUCUCACGAUUUGUCGUGAGCUGGAAAUUGACUUGAGGCAAGUAACCUUCCACACAGACUCGCAAACAGUGCUGCGGUGGAUCCACUCGAAGACGUGCCGAUUUGAAGUCUUCGUCAACAACCGUAUCGGAAAGAUACUCCGAAACACGGCUCGUCGACAAUGGCGUCAUGUUGCCGGAGAUUCAAACCCUGCAGACCUUUGUAGUAGAGGUAUCGACCCAAAAGAUGUCGACGAAUUGGCCUAUUUCCAUCGAGGACCUUCGUUCCUGACCCUGGACCCCUCAGAGUGGUACACUUGGGAAGAGAUCGCGGAUCCAGAAGAACGAGACAUAAACGUGAUUCGCGUCUUGGCAGUCAAAACGGAAGAUGAGAACCAUGCCAUCGACCGAUGCGUUGCACGUUUUUCCAGCUUGGUGAAAAUUCAACGAGUGCUGGCCUGGAGUACAAAAUUUACCAAUAACGUCAGAGCAAGAUUACGUGAAGAAAAACCCAUGGGCGGAGAGCUGACAGUAGAAGAAAUGGUAAUAUCGCUGACAAAAUGCAUCGUACGAGCGAAGGAAUUGGCCUUUGCUGAAGAAGUCUAUGCCCUUCGCAAGAAUCUGGAACUACCACUCCGAUCCAAACUUCGCAACUUCAAGCCCUUCUUGGAUGAAGAUGGACAGAUGCGAAUUGGAGGACGUAUACUUCUAGCGCCGAUCGACUAUGCAGCUAAACACCCCAUACUUCUGCCAGCAUCUCAACUUCUAACGAAAAGGAUAAUUUGGGAUUAUCACGUUAGAAACAUUCACGUCAAGACGGAGAGAUUGUUGACGGACCUCCGCUCUCGCUACUGGAUACUUUCUGGACGUAAAGUGGUAAAAUCUGUCCUCAACAACUGCUGGCCCUGCAAGCGCACGUCGGCAAAACCUAGUCCUCCUUUGAUGGCUUCACUACCAGUCCAUCGUUUGACACCACAUCUGGCGGCGUUCACGUACACAGGGAUCGACUACUUCGGACCCUUGACCGUAAGAGUUGGUGGUCGGGGAAGAAGACACGAAAAACGUUGGGUCAGCCUAUUCACGUGCUUCACCACACGAACAGUUCACCUGGAAGUGGCCAACGGGCUUAGUAUGGAGGAGUUUUUACUCUGCUUCUCCCGCUUUGUUAGCCUACGUGGAAGACCCAAGGUCGUUUACAGCGACAAUGGGACAAACUUUGUCGCCACCGAGCAAGAGUUACGACAAGCCCUAAAGAACUUGUUGCUAAGCACGAAGAACUUCAGACGUCAAUGGCUUGUCAACAAAUUGAGUGGCACUUCUCUCCACCCCAUGGGCCCCACUUCGGUGGUGUUUGGGAAAGGAUUGUACAAUCCUGCAAACGGGCAAUAA